GAGAUGCAAUUGCAAAUAUUUGCAAUACUUGCGGCGGUUGCGGCAGUUGCCGCCGCUAAUGGUGGGAUUCUUCAGAAUCCAUGCACGCAAUCCGGGUACUUUGCGUUCAUCGAUAAUAUGCCAACGUUUUAUAGUUGCUCUUUGAAUGAUGACGGUUCGUACGCGAUUCAAUAUUUAUCCUGCUCAAAUGGAUACGUUUUCAGUCAAAGCGCUGGUAAUUGUGUUUUAAAAGAUCAAGCAAACGCUGAUGAUACUACAGUUUCCUCAACCAGCACUACUGAAGUGCCCUCAACAAGUACUACCGCAGCUACAAGUACUACACGUGGAGAGCCAGUUACAACUGGAGAACCUUCACCUUCGGUGGUACCCAUUAUCUCGAGCACACAAGAUGUACCAGUAUCUACAACACUAAACACAACUGAAAAACCGAUUACCACCACUGUACAACUCAGCACUAGUGAAGUAAUAAGUACCACAAUUGAAGAACCGCGAAGUACUUAUGAGUCGACAAGUACGGAUAAACCCGACACUACUGUGAAUUCAAACAUUACUGAUGGACCUACUGUGGUUACAGAAGAAACAACAUUAGCAACAGAAACUACACAGCCAACAAGAACUACUGGAGGAUCAAUCGUUACCGAAGGUCCAACAGAAAGUACUUCACCGGAGGUAACUGCAACAUCAGAAGUUCCAGAAUCACCAAGUACUACUGAAGCAACAACUGUUACUGAAAUUGCUACCACAACAGAAGGAUCAGGUAGCACAGAAAUACCCGAAGAAAUUGAAACAACUGUAGCUACAGAAUCUACUGCAGUUCCAGAUGCACCAAGUACUACUGUAGAACCUGAAGACAAUACCACAACAGAAGGAUCAGGUAGCACAGAAACAACCGAGGAAAUUGAAACAACUGUAGCUACAGAAUCUACUGCAGUUCCAGAUGCACCAAGUACUACUGAAGAACCUGAAGAUAAUACCACAACAGAAGAACCCACUGAUGUUCCAGAGGAACCAAGUACUACUACAGAAUCUAAUGAACUUCCAGGAGAACCAAGUACUACUGAAGAACCUGAAGAUAGUACCACAACAGAAGAACCCACUGAUGUUCCAGAGGAACCAAGUACUACUACAGAAUCUAAUGAACUUCCAGGAGAACCAAGUACUACUGAAGAAUCUGAAGAUAGUACCACAACAGAAGGAUCCACUGAUGUUCCAGAGGAACCAAGUACUACUACAGAAUCUAACGAACUUCCAGGAGAACCAAGUACUACUGAAGAACCUGAAGAUAGUACCACAACAGAAGGAUCCACUGAUGUUCCAGAGGAACCAAGUACUACUGAAGAACCUGAAGAUAGUACCACAACAGAAGAACCCACUGAUGUUCCAGAGGAACCAAGUACUACUACAGAAUCUAAUGAACUUCCAGGAGAACCAAGUACUACUGAAGAACCUGAAGAUAGUACCACAACAGAAGGACCCACUGAUGUUCCAGAGGAACCAAGUACUACUGAAGAACCUGAAGAUAGUACCACAACAGAAGAACCCACUGAUGUUCCAGAGGAACCAAGUACUACUGAAGAACCUGAAGAUAGUACCACAACAGAAGAACCCACUGAUGUUCCAGAGGAACCCAGUACUACUACAGAAUCUAAUGAACUUCCAGGAGAACCAAGUACUACUGAAGAACCUGAAGAUAGUACCACAACAGAAGAACCCACUGAUGUUCCAGAGGAACCAAGUACUACUGAAGAACCUGAAAAUAGUACCAUAACAGAAGAACCCACUGAUGUUCCAGAGGAACCAAGUACUACUACAGAAUCUAAUGAACUUCCAGGAGAACCAAGUACUACUGAAGAACCUGAAGAUAGUACCACAACAGAAGAACCCACUGAUGCUCCAGAGGAACCAAGUACUACUGAAGAACCUGAAGAUAGUACCACAAUUGAAGAACCCACUGAUGUUCCAGAGGAACCAAGUACUACUACAGAAUCUAAUGAACUUCCAGGAGAACCAAGUACUACUGAAGAACCUGAAGAUAGUACCACAACAGAAGAACCCACUGAUGUUCCAGAGGAACCAAGUACUACUGAAGAACCUGAAGAUAGUACCACAACAGAAGAACCCACUGAUGUACCAGAGGAAUCAAGUACUACUACAGAAUCUAAUGAACUUCCAGGAGAACCAAGUACUACUAAAGAACCUGAAGAUAGUACCACAACAGAAGAACCCACUGAUGUUCCAGAGGUAUCAAGUACUACUAUAGAAUCUACAGAACUUCCAGAGGCACCAAGUACUACUGAAGAGCCUGAAUAUACCACUAGACCAACGGUUGAUACCACUAAUGAAAGUGAAAUUACAAAAGCGCCAGAAAUUCCAGAGCAGCCCGAAAGCACAAGCUCGCCUAGCAGCACUGCUGCACCAACUACUCCAAAAGAACCAGAGAUAACAGAGGGAUCACCAAGUACUGAAGCCAGCACCACAGAAGUAUCGCAAACCACUACUACUCAAGGUCCACCUACAACAAAGGAGCCACAAACCAGUGAAGUACCACCACCAGCCAGUGAUAAACCCAGCCCACCUGAUGUGCCAUCUACCACACCAGCACCAGUUGCACCUAACUCACCUAGUACCACAGUAAAACAUCCACCUAAACAUACAAGCGCGUUUCCUACGAAAGCGCCCACAACACCUAGAACACCACCACCAGAACACUUAAAAUGCCCCUAUGAAGGCUUCUUCCCACGUGAAGACAGUUGCAAUAAGUUUGCCUACUGUGCCAAAUAUUUCGGUAAAAUGAAGCAAUAUAAUUUGAAGUGUCCCCGCGGACAAAAAUUCAAUAAGAGCACACUCUAUUGUGAUCCAGAAAUCGAUUGUGAAAACAGUGAUGAAAGCAGCAGUGAAGUAGCUUCUAUUGAGCACCACAAACCGUUCACCUGCUUAGUGGAGGGUACCUUCGCCCAUAAGAAUGAUUGUACCAAAUACUAUACCUGCGAGUGGAGUAGGAAAUAUAGUAAUUUCAUUCAAUUCCCCAGCGCUUGUCCCAGCGGCGAAGUCUUCCGUCUAGAGUCUGGCUCAUGCGGUCGUGAGCGCCGAAUGACUUGUUUCUUACGACCGAACGGUUCCAAAUACUACGACCACGAAUCGUCUAAUAGAACGAGUGGUGAAAAAAUUGACUUAAACGCAAUGAAAUUAUUUUUUCUUGGAUUAUGUUUGGCAAUAGCCAUUGCCGAUGCCGGAGUUUUGUUGAAUCCUUGCAAACGCGUAGGAUUAUUUGCAUUCGUCGAUAACUCUCCAGUAUUUUAUGCAUGUGAUCUCAACGAGGACGGCACAUUCGAUAUCAAAUACUUCAAUUGUGAAAGUGGAUACGUUUUUGACCGUUACGAUGGAGUUUGUGUGCCAAAAAUUGCGUAUUUUAGUGAAACUGAAGACAGUUCUGAUGGCGAUGAGGAUGUACAAAGUCCGACAGUACCCACAACUACUACGACAGACGGAGACCUCAUCAAACCAACUAUACCCACUAGUGCUCCUACUGGUAGUAUUGACAAUCAGACACCAGCAGAUGAAGAGGAUGAUACAACUACAGCUGAGCCCGAAUCUACUGAGGCACCGGCAACGACUGAUGAUCCUGUGACUACUGAAGAGCCGUCAACAACUGAGGCCCCCGUAACUACUGAAGAGCCAUCAACAACUGAUGCUCCUGGAACUACUGAAGAGCCGACAACAACUGAUGAACCUGUAACUACUGAAGAGUCGACAACAACAGAGGCUCCUGUAACUACUGAAGAGCCAUCAACAACUGAUGAACCUGUAACUACUGAAGAGCCGACAACAACAGAGGCUCCUGUAACUACUGAAGAGCCAUCAACAACUGAUGAACCUGUAACUACUGAAGAGCCGACAACAACUGAUGAACCUGUAACUACUGAAGAACCGACGACAACUGAUGCUCCUGUAACUACUGAAGAGCCGACAACAACUGAUGAACCUGUAACUACUGAAGAGCCGACAACAACAGAGGCUCCUGUAACUACUGAAGAACCGACGACAACAGAUGCUCCUGUAACUACUGAAGAGCCAUCAACAACCGACGCGCCUGUAACUACUGAAGAGCCGACAACAACAGAUGCUCCUGUAACCACUGAAGAGCCGACAACAACUGAUGCUCCAGAAACCACUGACGUAACCGUAACCACCGAGGAAACCGCAUCAACUGAUGCCACCGAAACCACUGAUGUGACAGUAACCACCGAUGAGACUGCAACAACUGAUGCCCCCGAGACCACUGAAGUGACCGUAACCACCGAUGAACCCGCAACAACUGGUGCCCCCGAGACCACUGAAGUGACCGUAACCACCGAUGAACCUGCAACGACUGGUGCCCCCGAAACCACUGAUUCAACAACAAGCACGGACGAGCCGGAAUCUACUACACUACCGGCAUUUGAUUGCCCCGAUGUCGGCUUCUAUCCACAGAAUGGCUCUUGUGAGAAAUUCGCUUUAUGUGCCGAAGUAAAUGGCGAAAUUGUCUAUUACUUACAAAGUUGCCCCAAAGGGCAGCAAUUUAACUACAACACGAAUUUUUGUGAUAACAAUUUCGAUUGUAAUGCCGACGUCAGCAAAACUAAAAAGGUCCUCAAAGAGAAACGCUCUUCGGUAUUCAACCUUUUUCAUUUUCUUAAAUUGUUUUAAAUUACUAUUACAUUACACCGGGUUUGUGCCCUAAGAAACGAGAGUUUUGUGCUUCAUAAAACUAAUCACGUGUAAUAAAAGCAUUUGAAUAAACUUAAUUUUUUAUAUACAUAUCUACAGUA